AAUCCCGAGCAUGCUCGGUUACCCAGCAAGAAACACGCCAUAUUGACUGUCUGAAAAUUUGGAAGGCCGUAAAAUCCAUUAACAUCCUCCAAGAAGAGAGGAACAAUGGACUCGCAAUACGGCAUAGCAGUUACAAAUAAGUUUGAUCUCUUCGGAGAUGAUGUUUCUGACCCAUUAGAGUUCCUGAAAGAGCAAGAGGAGCUAAAGAAGAAACAGGAACUCACGAAGGAAAAGGACAAGGGAAAGCAAGGAAAGGAUAAGAAGGCAAAGAAGCAAAAUGCUUCUCAGUCAGACAAUAAAUCCACAGAGCAAUCUGUCCAAAAGAAAGAAGACAAACCCAAUACACAGUCCCGUCCCCCGCGCAGUGCCCGACAGAACCGGGAGCCAAGGGAGAUGAGGGAUGACAAUGACUCCAGGCCCCCCAGAAGGAGAGAAGAGAAUUCUCAGAACGAGUUCAGAGAGAGGAGCGAGGGCAGUGGUGGAAACUUCAACCGACCCGAGAGUGGAAGGUUUGGCCAGAGAGGUCGCGGUGGACGAGGGCGAGGUGAAGGUCGCGGUGGCCGAGGAGGCAGGGGGCGUGGUGGCUUCGAUAGGGGCCCAAAAAGGGACUUUGAACGUCACAGUGGAAGUGAUAAAACCAGUGGUGUGAAGCCAACAGAAAAGAAAGAGGGAAGUGGUUCUCAUAACUGGGGAUCAUUCAAGGACGAUUUGCAGGAGGAGAUUAAGGAAGCGGAAAACACGGAACCAAAGGAAUGGAAUCCAUCUGAGGAUGCCGAAAACCAGGACCCCAAUGAAAGCACGGAAUCAACUGAACAACCUGUAGAGGAAGGCCCCAAACAAAUGACCCUUGACGAAUGGAAGGCUCAACAGGAGAAAAAUCGACUUAAAAACCAAUUCAACAUCCGGAAACCAGGAGAGGGCGACUCAUCGACAAGCCAAUGGAAAAAAGGAACUGCCUACAGGAAGAAGCUGGAAGAGGAAAACGAGGAAUCCGACGAGGAAGAGGAAUAUGAAGAGGAUGAAGAGGCUGUCAGACAAAAGAACUUGGUGAAUAAGUUUAAAUUUGUAUUCAAUACGGAGACCAGAAGAGGAGGCAGAGGAAGAGGACCGCGAGAGAGAAGAGGUGGGGGACGAGGCGGCGGGGGUGGUCGUGGAGGAAGAGGUGGGCGGGGGUCCAGGGAAUCCGCCCCCAAGUUCGAUGAUGAAAAUGACUUUCCCAGUCUGGUGAAGUCUGAGGCGUAAAGCCCAGCACAGCUGCUUACAAUAUUUUCCCCCAAGUACUAAACAGUUUCAUACUGAAUGUUAGGAACUUGCUUAAAAGAAGCCAUACACAGGCGUGAUGUUUCUUGCAAGACACAACUCAAUGUGAAUCCAUCUUUUUCAUUAUUUUGUUUCUUGUACAUUUGUUUUGUCCACUUUUUUUCCGUGGAUGUUUGUUCCACUUGGCAACCAGCCAAGAUCUCAACAGAAAAAAAAAUCAUGGUAUACAUAAACUUCUGUGAAUUGUCGGAACUUCAGUGAACUGCCUGAAAGAGAGUUGGAACAUUUUAAUUAAAAGCUGUGAAUGGAGGAUGUGAUUGGUUGUAAUGACCUAAUGAACUGUGCUUAAUAAGUGCUUGGUUUAGAUAUUUAUUAUAAGUUAAUGACUGUUCAAGCUAUUGACAAUUAAUAUAUGCCUCUAGCAUGUUUAAAAAAUUCAUUUAGAGACAAUUCAUUUGAUAUUGACCAUGAAACUGUUAUGAAUCAGUUUGUUAUAGUGACAUUUAUAACAGAUUGAUAUUUGGUGUGAAAAAUAUUUGUAAAAUUGUUUAUUUCACUUUAUAUGAAGAGAAAUAAACCUUGGUAUAUAUACCUCUUUAUAUGUAUGCUUUCCUGUCUGUUCCUGAUCUAGAGAAUUCAUUUGUGUGUUUGAAUGAAAGAGAUUAAACUUUUUUUAGAGUACA